AUGGGCAUUUUCAACGUUCUUCUCUGCGCAAGCGCAGUCAGCGCUUACACCGUCACCAAUGUUGGCCGAUUUAUGUUGAAGAAUAUUGAUCCCGUCGUCAUCCCGGGUCAAUAUGCCUCCCACAUGCACACUUUCUUCGGAUCUGAUGCUGUGACUGCCAACACCACGACAUCGAAGGAACUUCAGGCGGGUUGCUCCACUGCCGAGAACCCCAACGACUACUCUUCGUACUGGGUCCCAACUCUUUUCUACAAGAACUCUACCGGUACCUUCCCGGCUCCCAUAUUUCGCUUCAGCGCCUACUACGUCAGCAUCGACAAGGCCGAAGUCGCCAUUCCCCAGAACUACAAAGCCGUUGUUGGCAACUCCUCUGCUACCUCCCAGGACGGCGUAGAGAAGCUCGCCGGCAUCCAGUGGUUCUGCGACCACGGCGGUCAGGGCACGACCGACGGCAAGGAUGCCGCCGAAUUUCCUUCCAAAACCUGCCCCGCCCAUCUCCAGACGAUCCUCCUCUUCCACGACUGCGUCAACGAGACCACCCUCGAGUCGACCUAUUCUGGCGUCCAACACUGGACGAAGACCUUCCGCCCCGAGAACCGCUGCCCUCUCGGCAUGAAGAGAAUGCCGCAGCUCAGAUUCAGCAUCCGGUAUGAUCUGCGUACCGCCCUGCCUGAUGGCUGGGACGGUCCUGCGCCGCUGGAGCUGGCUUGCGGAUCUUCGUACUGCACCCACGGUGACUUCAUCAACGGAUGGCUGCCCGAGGCCGCCGAGAAUAUGCUGAAGGCGAAUGACAAGAGAGACUUUGCCGGUGUCGAUGGGCCGAAUGGAAAGUACAACGCCGGCACUCUUUGCAAGACAACCGCUGUCGAUGCGGACCCCGAGCAUGGCACCUCUGACUAUGCGAAGAGCAAGGAGAUCUUGGCCAGCCUGAAGGGCUGA